AUGCCUGUGCGGUUUAAGGGAAUCAGCGAGUAUCUAAGUAAAUACAAGGGUCGAACAACACGAUCCAGAAGCGAUUCUCCACAUCGCAGGAUGCGACUGGCAGGACUGCGCUCUGACCAGUCAAGAAUUACUCGGGAACCCCAAUUCAUAUCGAAAAGGAAAGUGCCAUUUUAUCCACCUCAGAUAUCCAGUUCUUUCCGAUGGGAAAGGCAUGAUCUAUAUCUACAGUGUCAGGAGAAGAGCAGGCCUGUCACUCCUCCAGCUGUCACACCUGUGCUCAGACUCAGAGCCUCUAGUGCAGAAAGAGUAGCGACCCCUCUUGCCCCAAGAGACCCCGUGCCACCAGAGGGCACCGCUGCACCAUCCCAACAACUACAGGCAGAGGAGCAAGCAGCUCAGACAUCCAGCCCUGCUGCAGACCAGCAGCAACAGAAUGGAAUUAACCAUGGCCUAGGGAAAAGAGCGGGACUGAGAUCGGAGCGACAGAGGAAUGGCCGUUUGAGCUCUGAGUACCAGAGGCAGUUUAUGUGGAAAAUGCCUGUGGCUGAUUCGCCCCUGCUAGCUGCUCAUGAGAUGUUGUACAGUAACAACAGAGCCACCUUCAAAUCAAACCCAGUGAUUAUGGAGAGUGAGUACAAGAGAAGUUUCAAAGUAUCACCUCCUUCCAGACCACCACGCAUGAGGCGAGAUGUUGAACAAUACGAGGUCCCACAGCUUGAUGCAGAGAACACAACCCCAGAGAAGAGUAAGGGGAACAAGAAGAAGAAGAAGGAGCGACAACAGAGCAGGAAGUCAAGCCCCAAAGAGGAAGUCACCCAUCGACAGCAACAGGAAGUGAGGUCACCCUGUGCCCUGAGAGACCCUUCACCCACAGUUAUGAGGAAAAUGAAAACUGAGUACAAAUCCAACUUUCGUUCUCCCCUCCAGUAUAGUAACGGAGAUGGAGCAUGGGUGAAGAUCAAAACUGCAAAGGAAGAGGUUCAGGAGCUACGUGAGAAGGCUGAGGCCUACAGGAAAAGGGCCUGGGGAACUCAUUUUUCUCGGCAGCACCUGAAUCAGAUCCUGUCAGAACACAACUGGAAGUGGGAGCCUUCUAGUGGCACCUCAUCCUCCAUUGAAACUGAGGCCUGCAGAAGUACUAGUAGCAGCCCUAUCAUCGAGGCUCUGGACCUGGCCAGGGCUGGCAGUGUCAGGGGAAGCUCUAGCCCUGGGCCUUCUGCUUCUGUGGCAGCCAGCAGAAGCUCUUCUGAAGAGGUUGGUCUUCAUGAAGACCCCACCCUCCCUGUGCAGAGGAAGUUGGCCUGGGAUGAAGAAGAGGGACUUGGAGAGAGGGAUGAGUCGGAGAUUUCACAGGACGAGCUAAAAGUUGAAAAAAAUGAGGGGAAUCCAAAAGAUGAGCAUGGGGACAUGAAGGAGAGAAAUGAAAGGUUGCAAGUGUUGGAAAACGGGUCUGGAGGUUCCAUUAACAGGGGCAGAUUGCCAACUCCCAAACUCAGUACCAUGCAGACUGUACAAAGAACACAUCAUGAUCGGACCACUCCAGCCACUGGAGGAGCUUUGCUGGUCUCUCCUCCGAAGAUCAAACAUUCCUCCAGGAGAGUAAGGAGGAGUGAGCCACCUUUAGGAAAACCUCACUCUCCUUACAAACAUAUCAUAGACGGCUCUCCACACCGGCCACACAGUAAGGCUGAGAGUGGAAGCUUGCCACAUUCCUCGCCAGCCGCUGGCCUGACCACUGUAGAUCCACUUCCCAUGCGUGAAGAUGCCUGCUCUGAGGAGGAGGCGGCAGACUACUCCGCCAAUCCAAGACAACCCCAGCCAUUGCAAAAACAUCAGACCAGCCAUCAUCACAAAGCUGUUGUCCCUCCACCUGCCAACAGAAUCCAGGGCACAAUGAGAAACCCAGAAUUUCAGCAUAAUGGUAACCUGGGAAUUUUUCGGUCAGAGCUCUUUGUGUUUCCUGAAGCUGAAUCUUCCUGUGUGUCAGAUGAUGAUAAGAUGUCUCAGAUCUCAUCUAGAUCAGCAGCCUCAUGCUCCAUGGCCUCUGAACUCUUGGGUUGGGCUCAAAGAAGGAAGGAGGAAUUCUGGGGAAAGAGCUAAUGUGUCAAAGCCCAUUAAUCGGUUGUGCAUAGACUGAAAA